UACUUAGUAUGUGUGCCAGUGGUAUUUAUGUUAUUUAUAAGUGUGAGAUUAUGCGAUGCGAGAAGGAGGUUAUAAUAUAAUAAGUAAUACUUUUUUCUUACAAAUUCUCAGCCGGAUCAGGGAAUAUUUGUUUUGUUUAUGAUACUUAAGUCAUGUCUCUCGUGCCGAAAGAGGACCGACCAAAAUUAAAAGCAAAAAGAUUUAGUAAGUUUGAACCUUCAUCAUCUAUUCCUAAAACAGAAGAGCAAUGUACAUUCAAAGAAGAUACUAACAACAUUCCAAAUAGGGGUCAUAAAAGAAUUGGUGCUAAUGAUGAUACUUAUUCAUUUAAACCUAAAAGAAUAUGUACCGCAGCUAGUUUCAAUGCACCACCACCACAUGUAAAAAAUUUAGCACACAAUCGACUGAAGAAACUUAGAGAAGAAAUUCAAGCAAAUGCAAAUAGUGAAGGAUUUACUAGUAAAAACAAAUCUAACUUUUCAACGAAAUCAAUAUUACAUCCUAACAAUAAUGGAUCCAUUGAAAAGUCGCCUACAAAAUCAAUUAAAACACAUACAGAUUUCACAUAUCCGCAUUCUUUGCAAAAAAAUCUUGCAGCGGAUAGGCUUAAGAAUAUAAAAAGCAAGUUAAAAGAACAAGAUGAUAAUAAAAUUGUAAAGUCUCAAUCCAGUCCUGCCUUACAGAAGACAGAUACAGACAUCAAAAAUUCUGUACCGUAUCAACUAGCAAGUCAAACGCUGGACGUAAAUAUUAAUCAAGAAAAUACCUCGGGCUUAGUGAAAAGCAGUAGUAAUAAUUUUGUAAGUAAAAUGGAGAUGACAGCAUCUUGGGUAAAAACCCAUCAAGACCAAAGUAGUUUUCAUACAUGUAUCGAAUCGCCUGCUAGUAAUUUACCCGUCACUAUCAAACAAAGUCAGGAUACUACUAAAAUUGACGAAGGAAGUGAUGAUAUGGAAUGGACGAAUGCGGAACCAGAUGAUGAAGUUGUCGACCCGAAUAAAAACGAAACUGAAGUAAGCAAACAAGAGGAGGAAGUUAAAGAAAUAAUAAAGGAUCCUGAGAAAAUUAAAAAUGUUUGUAUUAUAGUCGAUACUAAUGUCUUUAUCUGGGGAUUGUCAAAGAUACGUGACAUUCUAAAUUUGAAAACAACUGAAUCGUUUAAGCCUAUUAUAUAUGUGCCAUGGAUGGUGAUAACGGAGUUGGACUACAUGAAAGACUCAUGUUCUGAUGCCAAACUGUUAAAAAGUGUUGUUAAUGCCAUAAAAUUUAUUAAUGCCGCAUUAGAAAAUAAUAAUCAUCGAGUCGUAGGACAAACAAUAUUUGAUGUCGAAAGACAAAAGCAUGUUGGUACAAGUCCUGAUGAUAAAAUUAUAGCAUGUUGCCUUCAAGCCACAGAAAAAUAUGAAACUGUGAUGUUAUUGUCAAACGAUAUAAAUCUUAAAAAUAAAGCAAUGAUAAAUGAUAUAGCAGCUUGUUCGGCAAACGAAAUAAUGAUGAAGCUCAUGUCAAAGUUAGGGAGAAAUACGAAAUAUCAGAAAAUCAUGAACAAAUUGGGAAUAAUGUGUUCAUCGAUAAUUUGUGAUUGUAUGAAGGCCGCAUAUGGAGAUGUGUGGUUGAGAAUGGAUUUGAUGAGUUACCCGCCUUGGUCGUUGAUAGAGUGUUUAAAGCGUUUCAAGAAAUAUUGGAGCGCCGUUUUCAGAGACAAACUUUUGAAACAGUUUGUCAAAACGUUGCAAGAUUUACAAAAUGCAAUUGAAAAAAAUAAAUAUAUACGUGACGAUUCGGAAGACUUUGAAGAAUUUAUGAAAUUAUGCAUUACAUUGUGUGUCUUUUUAAAAAAUAUAGAAGAGAGCAGAGGCUUUGUGGAAAACACGUUGGCCCAGAUUACAAAGAUGACUUAACCAAACUAUAACCAAAUAUAGUUAGGGUAUUUAUUUUUAUACCAUCUGCGAAUACCUUGUUAAUAAAAUUUCAGUUUUAUUGA